AUGCUCGAGGGUCCAUUAAAAUCGUGGAUUAUAUCCUUUUUAGGUCAAUAUGUAGAGAGUCAGACAAUGAACGUGUCCACCAAACUCUGGCAGUCGUCUGAGCGUCUUAAACUCGAGAAUUUGACGCUUAAGGCCAGCGUCGUGCCCAAUUGGUUACCAUUUCGACUCAAGACGGGCUUUGUGGGUCUAUUUGAAGCCGAUUUGCCCAUUUCUGCAAUUUUUGGCAGUGCUUCGGCCAAGAUCAAGUUCCAGGACGUUCUAUUGGUUCUAGAACCUCUUAAACACGAUGAAAAAGAGCUGCAGGAUGAGAUUUUGUUCUUAGUAGGGCAGAAGAUGUACAGGCUUGAACAGGACUUACAGGAUCGAUGGACGGGACCACAAGUAUUAGAAUCUGCGGUGCCUCAUGAGAGUGAAGGGUAUUUUGGUACCGACGGCUGGAUAGGACGCACUUUGACGAAACUUAUUGACAAUUUGCAGGUCGACAUUAGGAACCUACACAUUCGUGUGGAAGGAGUCUGGUCCCCGUCUGAACCGAUGAAGGAUCCGGUAACUUCCAGAGCUAGUAACAAGGAGAGAGAGGGCGUCAAAUUUGCAGUUGGAAUCACGCUCGGAGCACUUUCAGCCGUCACAAUGCCGAGCAAUUGGAGAGUUGAAGGGUUUGACGACCAGAAGAACGACAAGUCGCAGGAAAAUAAUCACUUGGUAUUCAAGUUGAUUAAUGCUAUUGAUCUGUCAGUGUAUGUAGACCCGAACGCACUGCAUUUUAUUCACUCGAAGAUACACCCGAAGGUGUUGCAGUCAGCGUUGUCACGGUUAAAAGCGAUGGGAUCGAGAGUAGCCAAGGCAGAUUGGUGGAAUGCCGAAGAGAGUGUACAUGCACAUAGGUUCUUGGUGGCACCGAUCAAUGUGACUCUUAAGUUGACAAUGAAUACUGCAGCAAAACAUGCGCAUACCGAUGACCCGCGGUAUGACGCGGUGUUUCAUUUGUCGAGGAUAUGGGUGACAUUGGAUGAAGAGCAGUUGUCGGUGGUAAAUCUGGUCAUGGACACGUUCUCUGGUCACGAGAAGUGGCAGCUUAUGGUAGCAGAACAGGUUAAAACGUCAGAGCAACAUACAGCAAAUAGUGAGGCCACAAUGACGGAACUGGCGAAAAAUUAUUUAUUGGUUUGGAACCAGAUAAUGGCUAUGAAAACUGAAGGAAUGGAUGAAUUGAGGAAGAGCGAGGCAUGGGAUAACGCGACAAGGAUAGAACAACAACUACCGUAUGAAGUGGUAGUAGCUAUCCGGAACCGUCUUGGGCUGGAAUUUGCUGAAGGAAAGACAGUGUCAUACCCCGAUAUGCUCUAUGGAAGUAUGAACGCAGCUGGAAUUCCUCUUCCAGAGAUAAAUGUAUCAUUUCCCGAAGGCCCAACGGGCCUUUUAUUUGACCUACUGCCGUCGGGUGAUGUGGCAAUUAAGCGGUGUGUAGAGAAAAGUCCUGCUGCGGCUAUAGACAAUCUGAAGCCAGGGCUCUUGCUGAUAAAAGUGGACGACAAACCGGUACGAUCGGUGUUCAGGUUUAAAUCAGAGCUGGAUUUGGAGCUUGCUAUUGACGUCAUGCCAGGAACAAAGGUAUUGACGUUUCGGUAUCCCUCCGUGGUGCCUCCCGAAGUCACAUCACCUCGUACAGUCGCUACAGUCGCCCAAGUUUCUUUCACUUCUGAUCAGCUCAAAUUCUGCCUCGUACGAGCUUUUCAGAAGCAGGUUAUUGCGGAAGUUGUGUUGGACAACCUUGCGAUAUCGAUCGCUGGGUACGGCCCUAGCUUAUUCUUGUACCACUUUUACGAAGUCAUGGUCAAGAGCUUUUACGUGCAAAGCAUGUCGCGAGAGGAAGACGAAGGUAAUCAUUGCAUUGCUUCAAGCAUAUGCAAACCCGUGGAUGUUUUUGGUGAUGGAGAUGCUCACAGCCCAGCCUUCCUAUUCAGCAUGGAUAAUUUUUAUGAGGCGCAUCCAGACGCCUGCCCUGACAGGGUGGAUACUUUUGGGUCAAAGAUCUCGGUGGCAAUUGGUAACUCCAUUGUGGUUAUUGAUGAAGCAAAGACGACGGUAUUACUUGGCGAAUGGCACGACUGGCUUGGUGCAAUCUCAAACGACUACUCCAAUGGUACUUUGCCUUCAUCAAGCGCUCCUCGGAUAGAGAUUGAUUUGGGUACAGUGCCUUUGUCAUGGAGCUCUCAAGUGUCAUCAUAUGCAUCGACGAGCCCUUCUAAGGCUACAGAAGUCAGCAGCUACUCGUAUGAAGUCAAAGUUGAACUAUUGCGAGUAUUUAUCAGCGCCCACGAAACGCCUAUUGCGCCUGCUAAAAUUUCCUACGAGCCUUCGUAUCGUGCUCUACUGAAGCAACUUAUCGGCGAUGAACCAAGCGGACCGCCACCUAUUCCAGAUUGGAUCAGAGCGGCGCAUGCAAUUGUCGUGAUGCAACGUUUCAUUCGAGGAGCUAUCGUACGCAAACGUAAGAUGGUUCGCUUAGCGCUAGCUAGAAAUCGAUGGAUGUUUUGCCAAGAUAACGAGAAAAUGGGCUGGCUGUAUACCCGAGUUGAUUCCCUCGCAUUUCGACGUUGGCGUCGCUCGUGGUGCCACCUCGAUGCUAACGGCAACUUCUCGAUUUACAGUAACGGUUCAGGCGCCGAGACGCUCGAUGUGUUUAGCCUAAUGGGUUGCAAGGUUAUCAUGCUACCCUACACUUCUGGAGGACCGUGGGGCUCACAGCGUGACAAACUGUCUCAAGUUCUUGAAAUUACGACCCGAUUUGGUGCUCUUCGCAAGGUAAUUAGCGCUGAUAAUCUGGUGGAAUUGAAGAAGUGGAAGCACUGUAUUGAAAGCAUGGCCAAAAACGCAACAAAACGAUUAAUUAGUGAGGAUGUGGAGGCAGAAGAAGUUGUGUACGAAUCAGGAGUGGAAGGGCCUGUUGGAAAUAACACUGCAAAAAACGAACAGUGGAAUGGAUUAAAAUUGGACGAGCUCUUGCUAGGAGGCUUUUCAAGCAUCUACCGCGCAGCUGCAACUCUGAAAAAAGAGCAGACGUCCUGGUUUUCUUUGAGUGUAGCCGGCGUGAAUUUCGCUGUGGAUGUGCACAGUGUAUCCGAGCCGGACCACUCUGCAUUUGCGUUAUAUUUAGGCUUGAAGGAUUUCACCGCAUUGGACCAUCGCCAGUCAUCCAAUUACGGUUUUUUGCACGUCGGCGACAAGUUUUUGAGCCUGAAAAAUGGCAAUUUGACUCCCGGUAAGAUACGAGCGGACCACUUGAAUAGUGGACUCUUUCUUGUGCUGCAUAUGUCCUAUCGGGGAGCACGCGCUGAAUCAAAUUGUUUCGUACGCCAAAGCGGGCUUCACGCAGAGCUUACAGUAUCCGGUUGGGUGAUGCCAUUUACUUUGAUGCAGGUCUUUUUCGAUAUAAUGGACGUCCUUAAUGUGCUCUGGGCUGCUGACACAGACACUACAGAUAGUGGAGUCGAUUGUACAUAUGCACCCGAGCAGGUGAGUUUUGCUCCUUGGAAAGAAGUGCCUGAGCUUGGAAUCCAGAUUCGUGCUCCAAUUUUGGAGGCCUAUCUUGAGGAUUCUCAUUGUGUAGCAAAGCUGACGAUCGAGGACAGCUCAUGUUCGUACCGCGCUGAUGCAAGAGUGGAAAAUUUCAAGCUGCAUCUUGGUCCCACUGCGCUAUUUGUGCUAACCGAAGAUGUUGCGCUUCGACUGGUUCAAGUGGACAGAUUCUGGCUGAGCUAUGAUCUCAGACUGCAUCUUCAGAUGGCAUUUAGUGCUGGUAGUUGUGCCUUGUGUGCUGAUGAGUCGGCAAAGAGGCCAGUGUGUCAUCGCUCCAUCAACAUUUCGAUUGGUCAGGUGAAACUUGAGGCCGACCGAAGGUUGGAGCUACUUUUUGCGUUACUGGAGGCACUAACAAUCAUACCAGACGAUACAAAAGGUAAGUCAGAAUUUGAUAGCGCUAGCGAAGAAAAAACCAUGACGAACAGUGACCGAGGAGAUUUCAGUAGGAGGGAUUACGAUGUGAACUUUGUUGGAGGUGAACCAUUUUCUAAAACGGAGCGACUACCCUCAAUGGACUUUAACUUUCAAGAUCAAGAAUUGCUUGAUCUACGGCCAAUGUACGCAACUGGUUUUAGUCGCCCGCAUGCGUCUCCAUCAGGACGUAGCCGAAUGUCCACUGCGACCUCAGCUGGGUUAAACCUCGAGAUGCAAGACGAUAGCCAAGAGCGGUCCAAGCGUCGAAAAAAAGUGUCUGCGUUUAUUCCAUUACUGAACUACCAGCUACUAGUUGGUAUUUCCAAUGGACCAUUGGAGCGGCAAGGCUCCCCCAAAACUCUUUUUCGAACUCGACUCCGAAUGGGAAGGAUCCAUGACCGCAUAUCCAUCACAUGCUCCUCGGUGGUAUUCGAGGUGAUUAAAAGGAGUUUAUCCGUCGUAUCAUUGGACACCUAUAUUCCAGUGAUGAACUUUUCCAUGAGUGAUAUGAAGAUGCAGUGCGUGACACGAACUGAAUUUUCAACGGAUUACGUUGUGGAUGCUAGCGUAGAAAUAUUUGCGCGAUAUUACAACACAUCUUUAGCGGACUGGGAGCCUUUCGUCGAACCUUGGCGAGCUUACGCAAAAGCGAGAAGUGAUGGUGGUGAGGAUGGAACGACUAUACAGCUAAGCGCGUUGCAACGACUGAAUGUGAACUGCACUGACUCGCUUAUUCGGUUGCUAUCCAGUAUUGCUAAAAACCGUUCCAAACAAGACUUUAUUGUGGAGAAACGAACACUCGCUGCUGUGGCUGCUGAUGGGGAAGCGAAAAAAGAGGAUGGACGUGUAUGUGUCCUCAACAACCUGGGCGUUCCUAUUCGACUCGCCAAUCUCAACACGUCACAUGCAGGAACACUACAUGUGGACGUGCGAGAUGGGUGGUCGUUCCCGGGUUACUCGCGGUUUCAUAAUGUUCGCAUAUCUGUGGUUCUGUUACCUUGGUGGCACCCACGCGAGGUGCAGCCUGUGGAGAACUUCCGUCAUAAGUUCACUCUUCCUUACGGUGGAGCUCAGUCGGGUGUCACGCCAAUUUUGAGGGUUGAUGUGCUCACGACAGACGAAGGUAAACGCAACUACGUGUUCGAUCAUGUCACAAAUAAGUACGUUGAAGUGGAAGCAGAAGAUGACGAUGAUUUCGUCGACGUACCGUCGGCAGGGAAAAUUACACCACCUAACAUAAAACAGUACAUGAAUCGCGAAGACAGCACUAACACAAAUGCUUCUCAGCGGAUAAGAUGGUCUUCGAUCGGAUCGACAGCGAUCAACUUGGCUGGCAAUGUCAUGACCUCACUUGAUCCUGGCCGAAUGAAGCUUAAUCGAUGGUACCGUCUUCAUGACUUACGCGGAAAUGUCACCGGAGAGAUUUUUGUUGGCUUGCACUUUGUGCCAGACAUAGACGACCCAGUCACCCAUGCCAGAACGAACGAACCCCAGCAAGUAAAAGACGGUCAAUUCCUAGUGUUUGAUCCCCUGAAGAUUGUUAACACAAAUGAAUCUUCGGACCAGUGCAAGGACCAUGUCGUGCUAUCUGAAGGCUUGCGUGGGAGCUACAUCCCGCCGUUGGCGUUAGAAGUCUUGAUUGGUUCAUCCCGAAUGAGUCUGAUGUGCCCGCUGCGUCGUGCUGGAAAGUUUCUCAUUCAGGGCGAAAAAGUGCUGGCCGAGGUCAAGGUUGCACAGAGAGACGAAUCUCGACGAGUCUUGCUUCUUAGCUCGCCGGUUCAGUUAAAAAAUGACACCAGCAUUGAUAUGGAACUUUGGACCUGUCGCACACGUUUAGCCGCUGGCGAGAGCUGUGCCCUGCCAAGGACAGGCAAAUUGAUGACGCUGACUACUAGCAACAAGAUGUCAGUCCCAAUUAGCGCGUUGUUCGGCGAAGAGAAGGACUCCAUUGUUGUAAAGGUCGACGGAUGUAAACCUACGGUUGUUGCAGACCUGAACAAACUGGCAGCAGGGUCCACAAUUUUAACCCUGGAAGCUGAAGAUACCGAAGGUGUAGGCUAUUGCCUAUACGUGAACAUCACGUCACACAUGCGCAAGGUAUACCGAGAAGAGCACCAAGGAAUGAUCACUCGUGGAAACAUGAACCAGGACGGUGAGUUGCAGACGUAUGCGACUAAGUAUCAGAUUUGCUUGCACUCAUGCCUCAUGUUUGAGAACACACUCCCGAUUCGUGUUCAGUAUAAGAUUGUCGCUAGUGGGCUAUUGGAGGAAGUAUUUCGAACGGGCACACUUUCUCCUGGUGAAGAAGUUCCGAUUCACACUUUUCAGCUGGGUGCGCGAUUAAUGCUACGACUACCUGAAAUAGAUUCCAUUUGGAGUCGACCAAUUAAUUUGGGUGACUGUAUCUACCGGGAGAGGAUGGAUAGGUCGAUCAAGUCAAUGCUGGGUGCGACCGGUGCCCGGGACCCAAUUGUGGAGUUUCUCCCGUCCCCGCAAAGCUCUGGCAUUGCGUUCAAGGAGGGUGAUGUCUCGUCAAACAAGGUCAUUACUCGCCUCGACUUCACAGCCACUGAUGAUGGAAGUCCGAGAAUUGUGCUGUUUUGUUCUCUCUGGGUGUACAACCAGUCACACGUGCAGACGUUGUUGUUUCGCUGUACGGAUAAUCCGGAUGCAUCGACUUUGGUCGUGCCUCAGCUUGUUUCUCAGCGGCCUGUGCCACGGCUAAUGGAUUGUCCAGGCCAGGCAUUUGAGAUAGGCACUAUUAUCGACACUGAAGUUUCUCAAUGGUCGGACAAAAUCCACUCGACAGUUGUGGGCGUCCAAGAACCUAUUAGUUUGAAGUUUGGCAGCAAGCUGGGCCCAAAAACCCGCAAUGAAGUAGGAAUAUCGAUCCAGCGGCCACUGGGCCAGUUUCACCGCACGACUCAAGUGAUUAUCACUUCCCACUUCGUGUUCGUAAACAAGACCCCAGUAGCAUUUAAAGUCUCUCAGUACAUGAAAACGACCGACCGAGUUGUGGAGCUAUCUGCCAUGCUAAACAAAGGAGUGCCGCCAACACAUCAUUUUGAUUUUGAUGCCAGGACACGCUUGGCGAACCGACGAGUCUAUCUGCGAAUGAACCACUACGGAGCGGAAUGGAGUGGACCUUUUGCUAUUGACGAUGAAAACGAGUUUUCUUUGAUGCUGAAGGGUUCAGUGAUGGAGGCUUGGAAAGAUGCUAGCGGCGACAGGAGCAGACAUGAGAGCUUUCGGCGUAGUGUCUCGGAAAUGCACCGUGUCAAAGUCCGGAUCAGUCACGUAGGCCCAAGUAUGGUUAUUACGCUUUUACGAGACGAUCCGCCGAUGUACAUGAUCCGCAACGAGUCGAGCUCCGACGUCUUUGUGAGCCAAGUUCAUUGUUCCGAUGAAACAGUUGUGAUUCGGAGUAAGGAGUUUAUCCCCUUUGCCUGGGUGAAACCGGAUGGACCGUGGCGAGUUGCAUGUCGAACUGGAAGUGUAGUGGGUCGGCACGAAAUGAUUUCUCGAAAUUAUGGUGUGUACGAUUUUGCGAAUUUGGAUCGGGAGCGUAAUAUCGACACCUUGCGCUAUCGGAUAUUUGGGAGCAAAUCAAAAAUUGUGUCAGGCGAUAUUGUUGUGGAUCGGGCAUCACGAGUACUGGUGUUCCGCGACCACAAUCCAGAUAAGCCACCAAGUUACGUUUUGGAAGUGAAAAUUAUUGCAGCUCGUCUUUGCAGCGAGUUCAUAUUGAAACCAGAUUCGACUGCAGAACUCAUUGCGGAAACGGACAACCAUGCUGCAAAAGCGGCGGAAUCUAAGGAACUGAAGACUGCACACGUGUAUCGCUUCGAUUCUGAUAUCGAGUUUUCCUGUGACUCCCGUCCGAAGAAACUCACGUUAAGCUUCUACGAAAAUAAAGCAGAUCAAGAAGGUAUGAUGCGCGAAGUGUCUAGUGUUGGCAUCAAUAAUUGCUUUAACAGCAACCGUGCCAAUAGAGCUGGAUGUAGCACUGCUGAAUAUGCGCUAGAUGCCACGGAUCUUGCAGAAUUGGGGAGUCCGAGGACUGGAGACGAUGCAAUAUCGUUUGAGAUGAUGCAUACACCUGGUGUUCGGCAUUGUCAUCCUUUAUCGGGCAAUGUUUCGGAUAGCAUGAUGUCGUUGCCGCGGCAUCAAGAAUUCUACCAUACCGACAGCGAUCGCCUAUAUGUAGAUGAAGGACUGCAGCUAAGUGAUAUCGAACGGGUGAGUGGUUCUUAUGCCUCAUCGGAGCAGUCUGACGAAGACCAUAACUACAGAAAGGAACGAGAGCACAGUGCUGCUGGGUGUGUAGAGAUAAAACUUCCAAAGAAAGCCUGGACUCGUAUGGGCGUCUGCGCAAAACAAUCGAUAGCUCUGUCCUAUAACACAGCAGAACAAGCGCGCCGGUCGCUUGGACGAUCCGAAGGACACUGGUGGGACAUGCGGGACCCGGAAAGCGGUGAUCUGGUAGGAGAGGUGUUGGUGGCAUUAAAGUUCCGCACAUCAGUAUGCGAGCACAUACAACCCACCGGCAUCUACAGCAUGAGUGCCAUUAUUCCCAGUAUCGGCCUAUCGUUCCUUCACAACGCAAAUUCCAGCAUGGUGGAAGUGGCGUAUCUAUCGAUGAGACGUCUCGGACUGUUGUACUCCUGUGCUGGUGGCAGCAGCGAGGUUGUAUUCUCGCUAGGGAACGUGCAAAUGGACAAUCAAAUGGAGCGUGAAGUUGUGCUGGGUCCGAAAGUGCAUCGCGUGAAAGAAGGUGUGUCGGUGCGGUUGCGCGACCGCUGGCGUAGUUUCGUGAACUAUCGCUACCGCGGCAUUUUUGAGGAGAUGGACACAAACACUAUGAGUGUCAUUCAAUUUCGGAUGCUAUGGAAUUCGAGCUGCGAUGCUGGUGGGUUUAUUCACUAUGAACUUAUCGAGCUCGUGAUGCAAGAAUUGGAGGUAUCAACGGACGAAAAGUUUGUCGUCAAUCUUAUUAGCGUCUUUCAAGGAUUGGAGGGGCUUACGAGUCAGCACACCUUUGACGAAAUUGUGAACACGCAACUUGACUAUGCAAGUGGGUUCAGUAGUGGCGCUAUCAUUCCUACAGCGGGUUCAGACGAGCGAAGUGGUUUUGGAGGUAGUGGGGGCACUGCGGCUGCGACUACUACAGUAACAGAGGCGAGCGGUGUGUAUAUCGAAGAGCUGACAAUUGAGGCCAUCCGAAUUAAGUUUACCAUGGAGCUGCACGGCGGACGGUACAUCAAGACAUUGGGUCCUUCGGGUCGACGGUUGGCUGUCUACCUUCCCGAAUCUAACGUAAAAGAUUUCCGAUUGUAUCUGACACGGCUUUCGUUCAUACAUCUAUAUGAGCCCCAAGCGAGUGUGAUUGAGAAGGUAGUACGGCGGUAUUCCCAGCAAUCUGUUAUACUUGUCCUCCGUGGCUUGCACACGGUAUCAGUAUAUGCAAAUCCGUUUCGCAUCGUCUACCGGUUGGGCCAUGGUAUUGUCGAGCUCGUCCGGUUACCUGCUCGUGGCUUAGCUUCUGGUAGUCCUCUCGAACUUAUCGGUGGUACCUACCUGGGUGUGCGUUCGUUGGCCAUGAACAUGAUUAGCGCCAGUUACGAGAUUGUUGCAGGGGCGACUGGCAUUUUAGGUGCUGUACUGACGCCGUUCGUACCCGAGAGUCGACGCAAAGCCUUCGACGAGGAUUUAGUUGGAUUCCAGCGCGCUGUCAUCGAAGAAGUCGACUCUUUCGAUGCUGCUGAAGAACGCACGAUGACAAAGGUGAUUGUGCGUAAGCCACGCGAGUUCGAUGCAGGAGGAGUGGGGUUGCUCACGGUUUAUGGUCCAGGUUCAGUGCCGUUGGAAGAGCAGGAGCGCAUUGAUCUUAAAGCUGUGGUGUUACUGCAGCUUUGGUGGCGUCGUCGACGACGAGCCGAACUACUUUUUGCCGAAGCACGUCGUCUUCGCCCUGAACCUGAAAGCGAAGACCGUGUGUUUGGGGCAAACCAAUGUGCUGUUCAGUGA